AGUGGUCGUUGUGUUGUUGCACCAGAGCUGCUGUCAUGUGAUAGCUCGUCCGAUGAGCUGCUGUUAGAGUAGCUUCCUACCUUUAGAUGAAGCUAAAGUAAAAUCUCUCAGGAGAUAAGUUUUAUGUUUGUUGGAGAAGAUAAACGCGGCUCGUUUCUGACGGAGAACAGGGAAGCUGGGGUUGUGUAGUUUCGCCCCUCGGACGCUGUCAUGGGUUGCUGUUACAGCAGCGACAACGGGACCACAGAGCAGGAUCCUGAAGAACGUAAGCCACUGAUCACCCCGAACCCUGUCAGCAAACCCCCAAAUGGGACUGACUGGGUCACCACCAGUGUCCCCUCAGCACGGACAGAUGAACAGGCCCUCCUUACCUCCAUCCUCACCAAGACAGCACAGAACAUCAUUGAUGUCUCAGCAGCUGAUUCCGUCAUGAUGGAGCAGCAUGAAUACAUGGACAAAGCUCGACAAUACAGCACAAAACUGGCUGUGUUGAGCAACAGUCUGCCCCAGAAGAAAGCCCUCGCUCUCCCUUCCCUAACCAGCCAGCCCCACCAAGUGCUUGCAAGUGACCUGGUGCCAUACUCAGAUGUUCAGCAGGUCUCCAAGAUAGCGGCUUAUGCUUACAGUGCAAUCUCUCAAAUCAAAGUGGAUGCUAAAGAAGACCUGGUGGUCCAGUUUGCCAUUCCCUGAUUCUGCUACUCUGGCCCACAUAUUUUUCCUCCCAUCCUGCUCUCUCCGUGUCACUCCUGCAUCCUCAUCCUCCAGCCCACCUUCUGUUAAAGCAUCUUGGUCCUCAUGCUUCUCAGCUAUGCCUCUAACUGCUACAAAGACAGAGCUGAUGUAGGAUUGCACCCUAUGGCUGUCAUUUCGUGUGCUUAAUAUAAGUCAGUGACUAACUUUCACCAUGGGCUCUAGAAGAUACGAGUGUGCGCUAAUAUUUACAACAUCAAGGCCUCCUCUGUAUCACAGUUUUUUUUUUUGUUUUUUUUUUUUUUUGAAAAACAGCUGUGGAAAAAUCAUUAUUUAUCCUUCUUGGUGAUCUCUCUUAUUAACAGCUUUCAGGGCCAUCUCAGUAUCUUUAUUUUAUUUUUUCUAGCCUGUAAAGCCAGGUGAGCAAGGCUAGCUCCUCAGGCCAGACUGUUUUGGCAUAGAAGAAUAUACAGUGUAUUCAACUAGGACAGAGUUAUAGUAUUUUAGGCGUAAGGCAUUGGCUGGUGUGUAUGCUUGAUUCAGCCUCCACUGCAAGAGGAGAAGUGAAGAAUCUCUAUGGCAGGGAAGAAUGGAAAUUCUCACAGUUCCAUAGUAGCAAGUGGUUGAGUUUUUCAGUCAUUUACUGGAUAAAAUCUUGCAGUGUAGCUUUACGUUUGCACUUCAUAUCUUCUUCAUAUUGUCUUUAACUCUGUUCUGUCGCCCUGAAAUGACACUGCCCAAUCUUCAGUCUUUCUCCUUGGACAGGAAAAAUCAUCUUAAAUGGGAGCCAAAAAAAGGACAAUGAGUUUUCUUUUACGGUUUUGCCAUUAUAAUUUAGAAGAAUGUAAUAUGAAAAUCUUGAUGUAUGCUGGCUAGAUGUGAGCAUGUCUCACUACAGCCUGAACAUGAAACAGUAAACCAACCUGACCUGAGUAAAUUUUAUUGCUUUUCUCGAUAAUAUUGUUCAGAAACUGCCAGUGAAACGUUCCUGGUGGGUUAUUUGUUGUCCGGUGUAAAAUCUGUUUUUCCAGUUGAGGCCAACUCAUGAGUGACCAGUCGAUGGCUGGUAAUAGGAUAAAUGGAUGAGGAUGCAAACACAAGCAGGGAGGGCAGCUGGGUGGACCUACUAAUGUCACUGGUGGCGGGAAAAGUGGAGCUUUCUUGGGGCACAAAUUGUCAAGUUUACAGACAGAAAUGUGCCCACUGCAGUUUUCUAGCACUAACAAAAUGAGUUGGCAGACUCUAUGAAUCAAAUCCAAGAACUUUACUGAUUUAAUAGCAGUGGAGGCAUACAGAGAUGAAAGGGGUGGGUGUGUGGAGGGACAAAUAUUGUGCAUUCAUGCCUUUGUACAGAAUUUUCUGAUUUAAUAUAAAAACAUGAUGGAUUGUAUGAAGUUUCUCUUUUUGCAGAGAGUUCCUGGGUUCAGGAUUGGCUAACAUCUUGUGGUGGCAAACGUUUUUAUGAAACGCAACAACACUUUUAAGGCUUGCGUUUGUUAGCUUUUAAAGAAAGCUUUUCGCUGCAGAUUAUAAUAUGAUUGAGUUGUUCAUAUUAAUCAGAAACUAACCAUUGUAGCAGUGUGGGAGAACAUUAACAAUCUAUGUACCACAGCAGAUAAAAUGAUCCAAGAAUUUUUGUGAUUAUUUAUUUGUGUUUUUAAAUGUAUAUUUGCUCUUCAGAGGAGAGCAUGUGACUGUAUGCCUGGGCAGGGAGCACAGUGAGUCGCUCGAGUCUCUAAAGGGAUGAUCUGCAAGGCUGUGAUUAUUUCAAACACAAUCGAUUUGAGCUUUUUUGCAAUGGGUUCUUGGCAUUUGUUUCUGUUUUAUUUGUUACUCAAAUGUGUUAUACUACCUAAAAUAUGUUUGUAAUAUCUUAGGUUAAUACCAAAAAGUUUUAAGAUUUUUUUUUUGUUUGUUUGUUGGUUUAAUUCAUUAAAAAGGAUUUCAACAUAA